GGUCGCUGUAGUCUGCAGCGCAGGCAGAUCCGGGCAGCCGCAAAGCGAAAGCAGGAGGGAGUCAUAUGAUCAAUAUUCUGACACUAUGUCUGAGGUUUUAUUUAACAUGAAUAAUGGUUACCUGGAAGGCUUGGUAAGAGGAUUUAAAAGCGGAAUACUGAAGCAGACUGACUACUUAAACUUGGUACAAUGCGAGACUUUGGAAGAUCUGAAACUCCACCUGCAGAGCACAGACUAUGGCAGCUUCUUGGCGAAUGAGGCAAGCCCCCUCACGGUGUCCGUCAUCGAUGACAAAUUGCGGGAGAAAUUGGUGGUGGAAUUCCAGCACCUGAGGAACCACGCAGUGGAACCCCUGGCCACAUUCCUGGACUACAUCACGUACAGCUACAUGAUUGAUAAUAUCAUUCUGCUAAUCACGGGUACCUUGCACCAGCGUCCCAUCUCUGAACUCAUUCCCAAGUGCCAUCCCUUAGGAAGCUUUGAUCAAAUGGAGGCCAUCCACAUUGCCAGCACACCUGCUGAACUGUACAGUGCAGUCAUCGUGGACACACCUCUUGCACCCUUCUUUGUCGACUGCAUAUCGGAGCAAGACCUGGAUGAAAUGAACAUCGAAAUCAUACGAAACACACUAUAUAAGGCCUACCUUGAAGCAUUCUACAAGUUGUGUGAGAAGAUUGGAGGAACGACUGCUGAUGCAAUGCUUGAGAUCCUUGCAUUUGAAGCAGAUCGGCGUGCAUUCAUCAUCACCAUCAACUCUUUUGGAACUGAGCUGACCAAAGAGGAUCGGGCAAAGCUUUUCCCAAAGUGUGGGCGCCUCUACCCAGAUGGGCUCAGCGCAUUGGCAAAAGCAGAUGACUAUGACCAGGUCCGAAAUGUGGCAGAGUAUUAUGCUCAAUACAGCGUGCUGUUCGGUGGAGCAGGAAACAACCCUGAUGAGAAGACGCUGGAAGACAAGUUUUUUGAGCAUGAGGUGAUGCUGAAUGUGAACGCCUUCAUGCAGCAGUUCCAUUAUGGUGUGUUCUAUGCCUAUGUCAAGCUGAAAGAGCAAGAAUGCCGCAACAUCGUGUGGAUUGCAGAAUGUGUUGCCCAGCGCCAUCGUACCAAGAUUGACAACUACAUUCCAAUCUUCUGAGGCUCCCUGCAAGCCAUUCCUCCGUAUAUCUAUUCUUUAUCCUACUCUAGCACUUGGCAGAUGGUUGUUAAUCAUGAGGCUGAACGUUACCAUGUCUGGAGGCUGUAGGUCCAGUGCUCUUCCCAGCUGAAUCGUGAAAAAUGUUUUAUGAUCGAAAGAUUCAUGCUACAGUUAUGUACAUAUGAAAUUCUGUGUUUGGGUGUGUCUCUCUUCAACUGGGUAGAUGUAUUAAAAAUUUGAACACAUUAAACAUUGGUUACUCUUC